UGGAAUUUAAUAAACUCCGUAAAUGCUGCCGCGAUACCUUGGACUAGGCACUACUAUGGUAACGGCGUGUCGCCUUGUGCGCUAUAGAUCCGUGUAGAGGGGACGUAUUGCUUUCAGUUCUGUGAAAUACUCAUUGUUUGUUAAAUAUUGUAUUUUAGUAUUGAUCUGUGACUUAUUCGCGACAUCUACGGCGAUUUUGUUUGAGAGUAUGUUAAAGGCUCGUUGGUACCCCAAACGGAUACAUAUAUGUAGCAUCUUAUACGACUCAAAAAGAGAGUAUACUGGAGCUUUUAAUAAAAAUAUACAGCGACAGGUGAUUUACACAGAUUUAGUGAACAUGAAAUCCGCUUAGAAAAACGGUCUCAAUCAGCUAUUAACUAACAUAACAAACUGGAAACAAGUGAUCGUCGGUGCGUUUUAAACCACAGAAAUUCACGGCAGAGCUUUAAGACCCCUCACAGCACAAUGUGACAUUUGUGUCUUGGCGCUGGAGGCUUUAAGCGGCGGUGAUGGAGUAUAUCAAGAAGGGACGGGCGGCGGAGGAGGAACACGCACAGGACACGCGCGUUCGCAUCAAUGUUGGUGGCACGCUGUUUGAGACAUGGCGUUCCACUCUGGAGCGGAUCCCUGGGACGCGGCUUGCGCUGUUGGCAGUCAUGGGACCGGCGGACAGCACAUGGGACGCGGAGCGCCACGAGUUCUUUUUUGACCGCCAUCCAGGCGUCUUUUCCAUGGUGAUGCAUUACUACCGCACCGAGGAACUGCAUACUGACCAAAACUUCUGUGGAAACAUCAUUCAAGGUGAGCUUGAAUUCUGGGGUCUGACUGAGCUGGAUAUUGAGCCGUGUUGCUGGGGCCACUACUCCAAGUACAAGGAACACCGGGAGACGCUGGCGGCCCUGGACGAUAACUUCACGCAGCAGAACGACGAGGAGGCGUGGCACGACAAGAUGACGCCCUUCCAGCGCUUUCGCCACCGCACCUGGCAGUUCAUAGAGGAGCCAACCACCUCUCGUGGCGCAAAGAUUUACGCGGUUGUGUCCAUGUUUUUCGUGGUGUUGUCGAUCGCGAUUUUCUGUCUGGAGACGUACCACUGGUUCCGGGUACCGAUCCCGGGCGCUAUGCCCCACAACACCACCGUGUACGACCACUUCUUCUCGCCGACCCGCGACCACUGUAUUCGGGAGAAGUUCAAGGCCGGCAAGUACCUGUUCGCUGAGACGGAGCCCCACCCCGCCAUGACGUACCUGGAUUACGUGUGCGCCGUCUACUUUACCAUAGAGUUUGUGGCCCGUUUCUUCUUCGCCCCAAGCAAAAUAAAGUUUAUAAAAGCACCACUGAAUGUUAUCGACUUCCUGUGCCUCGUGCCGCACCUAACUGGCAUUAUUUUGAAACUAGCAGACCCGUAUGGAUCCUCAAAAGAAACAAGUAACUUGUUUAGGGCCUUUCUGGCUUUACGAACUGUGAGAAUUUUAAGGAUUUUCAAACUUAUGAAACAUUACAGUGCGUUUAAAAUCCUGGUAUACACCAUAAAGGUUUCCACUAAAGAGUUAUUGUUGAUGGUUGUGUUCCUGUUUACCGGCGUGCUGAUCUUCGCGAGCAUCAUUUUCUACGCGGAGCCGGAUGGGUUUGACAGUAUUCCCGUGGGCUUCUGGUGGGCUCUCGUCACCAUGACAACAGUCGGAUACGGAGAUGUUGUUCCAAAGACGGAGGGAGGCUUUUUGAUCGGCUGCGUCUGUGUAUUAUGUGGUGUCUUAACUGUAGCCUUUACUGUACCAAUCGUUGUCAAUAAUUUCACGUUGUAUUAUUCACACGCACAAAGUAGAAUAAAACUACCGGUACACAAGCGAAAAGAACUUAAACGUAAAAUUUUCCUUAAAAACCAAAAAUCUCUUGAAUUUUUACAAAAGCUUAAGUGGAGGCGAGACAAAAACAGAACAAAAACAGACUUUAAUAACAUAGACACUAUGAACACCCCGCGGGACCCGCCGUAUGGACAGGAAGCGACGGCAGAUGUGUCGACACCACCAAAGAGGCAAAAUGUUACAGUGUUGCUGAGCAACAAUGCUACAGAGCCAGGUGCGAUGUACGAAAAGAACUCUGACGACCAACCGAUGACGUCACGGGAUACGACGUCCCAUGAUAUGAUGUCCCAGGAUGCGUCGUCUCUGACGCCAGUGGAGGAACCAGAGCGUAUCAAGACGGUGUCGGAGAGUAUCGACUUCUCUCUUGCGGACUCCCUAUCCCUCAACCUGCCCGGGACUCCCUCACAGGGCAGUGUCUCAUCGGAACAGCUGCAGGAGACUGAGCGGCUGCUGAGCCAUUGCGCGGACGUUGACCGCAUACGGAGGGAGGAGCGUAAGCGGCAGCUGGACCUCAUCAACCAGCGGCGGGAGGUGCGCCGCCAGCAGCACCAGAUCCCCUCAGACACACGCAGGAGGCCCGGUGGAGGAGCAGGCAAAACCACAUAAACAAUACUGACGGGCCUCUUGGAAUGACAUGUCCAAAAAGGGUGGUUAAACUGCAUACCCCCGGCAGAGUUAUAAAUGUUAUAACUGUAGAGUUUUAUCAACUUUUCUCAUUGAAUAAGUGUAAAGGUAAAUCUUUAUAGUGGUUUACUAUGUAUUCGCAGGUCUGGUAGUCCGUGUAUUCUUCGGCAUGUUAGGGUAACCUGGAGAUAAAAUUGGCAUAAUGUGACAGUGCUCAUGUGACCUCUUAUCGCUCUAUCCUUAGACGCUAGUAUUAUCUUUCAUGGUUAUCAUUGUUACAGGUGUUCCAUUUAUGUUGUAAUGUCUUUAGUACCCAUUCUCCUUUGAACAUUUGUCUGAAAUAUGAUAUCUUUAAAUAUUGUUUUCCUUUAUUAUUGUUAUCGAAUAGCUGCAGGUUUCGGUUAUUCUAGUUGCAGAAUAUCGCUGUGACUUUUUUCUUGUCAAUGAUAGCUGUUAUAUCAUUGUUAUUCUUCCUUGUCAAUGACAACUGUAAUAUCACUGUGAUUUCUUCCUUGUCAAUGACAACUGUAAUAUCUUCCUUGUCAGUGACAGCUGUAAUAUCCCUGUGAUUUCUUCAUUGUCAGUGACACCUGUAAUAUCACUGUGAUUUCUUCAUGGUCAAUGACAGCUGUAAUAUCCCUGUGAUAUCUUCAUUGUCAGUGACAGCAGUAAUAUCACUGUGAUUUCUUCCUUGUCAAUGACAACUGUAAUAUCACUGUGAUUUCUUCCUUGUCAAUGACAACUGUAAUAUCUUCCUUGUCAGUGACAGCUGUAAUAUCCCUGUGAUUUCUUCAUUGUCAGUGACACCUGUAAUAUCACUGUGAUUUCUUCCUUGUCAAUGACAACUGAUAUAUCACUAUGAUUUCUUCCUUGUCAAUGACAACUUUUUGUACUAUCACUGUGAUUUCUUCCUUGUCAAUGACAGCUAUAAUGCCACCUGGGCCUUAUAUAUAUUAUUAUAUAAUAUCUGUUAACAUAUAUAUAUUUUCUCUUUUUUUACCUAUCCUGAAUUAAUUAUUUUUCAAAUAUCAGACGAUGCCCCAUGUAGCCAUUUGGUAUGUUUCAAAAUAUCUGACACCAGGGAUGCUUAGAAAGAGACCUGUAGUCAAUUGUAAAAUGUUAGUUAAGGUUUUGGUUUGGCCAAAGUUAUCCAAAAUGUUUGUUGAUUGGAUAAUAUUUAUCCAAUAAUAACUACUGACUAAUAAAAUCGUUUACAUAAGUGGAUAAGACAAAAAGAUAACCCGUGAACAACUUAUCAAAGUAUUGUACAAUUGGCUGCUGCUGGACUUAAUAAAAUAACACAUUUUUUACCACUUCACCAUUAUCCUCACACCAAUUAUCAAACACCGUUUACGAAUGGCU